UAUCUCUUCUUCUUGACCUUGUCGAGCUGACUUUGACCUUCAUGGGAAUAACAGACGAGAUUUGGGAGGAGCUGAACUCUGCGACGCUGGGCAGACUGUACCUGACGGGCAACGCCCUGACCACGGUCAAGGCCGCCCGGGUGAGGUCCGUCAGGGUCAUGCAGCUGGGAGAAAACAACAUCACCACACUGGAGAGGGGAACUUUCCAGAACCACAGCAGCUUGACUUUUUUAAACGUGAGCAGGAACAGCAUCGGAUCUCUGCCGGAGAUGUUGUUUCCGGCAAACAACAGCUUGAUAGCUCUGGAUAUCAGCUCCAACCUCCUGCGGGAAGUAGACGAAUGCGCUCUGAGAGGACUCGCCAAGCUCUUGUAUCUGGAUCUCAGCAACAACCUCCUGGAGAUGCUUCCCAGUAAGGUCUUCAGCGAUCUCGUCUCGCUGCAGUUCUUGUACCUCCAAGGCAACAAACUCACCUCAAUUCCUGUGAUGUCCGCUAUGACGAAUCUCAUCAUACUCAACGUCAGCUACAACGAUUUGAUCUCCCUGACCGACGUCGAUCUCCAAGGCCUCGCCAAACUGCAAAUUCUCCACGCCAACAACAACCGUCUCCAGUUCGUGACGCCGUACUUCGCCGCCAACAGCCCGAUCUUGGCGUCCCUCUGGUUACAGAACAACCUCAUCUCCGAGGUCGGUACUAUGGGACAGCACCCGUCACUGUACGAGCUUCGUCUGGACAACAACUCCUUGACCGACUUCAACCGCGGCUCGCCCUUCAUCGACAUGAAAAACCUCAACUACUUAUUCCUCGACAGCAACCAGCUUCAAAGCAUCAGACCGCAUUGGUUCCCGCCUACUCUUCAAGCGCUGUCCAUUGGUCGAAACUAUUUUCUCCAGUUUUAUUCUACGAGUUUUAUCAACUUGCCUCAGUUAAAAGCCGUGGAUCUCUCAAACAAUCUGGGCAGCAACGCACUUUUAAUCCCCAGCUACGCUGUCAACACGUUCAAAGACAACAACCCCAAACCGACAUUCGAUAUGAGCAACAACGUCUUCUUCUGCACGUGCGAGAUGGCUUACCUCAAAGUCAUCGCUGAAGACGGUUACCGGACGAUCGUGUUUCAGAGGUUUUAUCCCCAGUUUAUCAACCUGAAGUUUUCUUACUGCUACACCGAGUACGAACGGGCGCAGCUUCGUCCUUUCAACGAUGUACCGCUGAGUGAUUUCACGUGCAAGUACACCGAGCGCUUCUGCGACUUCGGCUGCAACUGCUGCCCAGACAGUGAGUGCGACUGCGCGCUGACGUGCCCGGAAAACUGUUCCUGCUACGUAGCCGGGUCCGGCUUUGCGAAAACGUACUUCCACAUCCACUGCGGGAACCGGAACUUGACCGCCGUCCCUGAUGGGAUCCCGCCCCGGGCGACCAGCGUUUACCUGGAUGGGAAUCUCCUGGACACGGUUCGAUACGCAGACCUGAACCACCUUAGGAAGACAGAAAUACUUUGGUUAAACGGAAGUUCUGUCUCGUCCAUUGAGGACUUCGCUUUCAACAACAUGUCGUCACUCAUCCAACUUCAUCUCGACAACAACAUGCUCACCCAAAUAUCCAACGAAACAUUUGGACCGUUAAACAAACUAACCCAUCUCUAUCUUCAUAACAACCGUAUCACUUCCAUAACCUACGAUGCUUUUUCUGGGCUGACGUCUUUAGAAACGUUAACUCUCCAUGGCAACAGACUUCUAUUUUUGGAUCUCAAACGGGGUGCGGCCCUCAUCGCCGUCACCCUCUCGGGCAACCCCUGGUUGUGUCCGUGCAGCAACCUGUCGUCCGGCGUCAUCAGCGUCAUCAGAAACGUCUUCAGUGACGCCGUGCAAGACGGCUCCAGACUCGCCUGCUGCCUGCCGGAGCUCGUCGCCCCGGGAUACGUCCACACAAACAGCUCGCAACACCGGAACCAGAGCGACGACCCUGACAUUUCUUUCCCCAACCGGAAGUGUUUUUACCUCUCGUCUUUUGAAUCCAGCGUCGAUUGCAGAUCCAACAUCACGUGGCUCCCGUCGACGGACACGUCUGUGGCGUCCACGCCUGCUCACGUCAUUGCCCUGAUUGUAACGGCCGUCUGCCUGCUGGCAGUGCUCACGCUGGCCGUCGUCGGGCUGAUCAAAAGGCGGGAACUUCAGGCUUGGACAUUUGUCAAACUCGGGGUCCGUGUCUACGACCAAAAAGCCAAGUACGACAAGUUGGAUGCCGGGACGAAGCAGUUUGAUGCCUUCAUCUCCUACAGUAGUAUGGACACGGAGUUUGUGGCUAGGACUCUGGUGCCUGGUCUAGAGGACAAGAGGUACAGACUGUGUGUCCACUACCGGGAUUUCCCCGUAGGACGUAACAUCACGGACACCAUAGUGAGAGCUAUAGAAGAGAGCAGCAGGACCAUACUGGUGCUGUCCUCCAACUUCCUGCACAGUGAGUGGUGCAGGUUUGAGUUCCAGACUGCCCACUAUCAUAUACUAAGGGAGGGAACUCACCGACUUAUAAUUGUCCUGCUGGGGGACAUCCCUGAAGAGGAGUUGGACCCGGAUUUAAAGGUUCAGAUGAAAUCUAAAACCUACCUCAAGUUCAAUGACCCGUGGUUCUGGGAGAAGUUGUACUUCUCCUUGCCUAACCCCAGGGAACCGAACCCAGGGGGUGAUGACCCGCUACGGGGGAUGAAGAUUUUAGCCGGGGAUGCAGGGGACGUAAUCCACGCGAAUGAAGAAAAGCACAAACAAUUGGAAGAAAUAGAGGAAAACUAGCAAGGGGAAGUAACUUCAAAUGGUUAAAAACUACAGCAGAAAAUGCUGGGACAAUUAUAUGGUGUUACGUACUGGCAAUGACUGGUGGUCUUUUUAAUGGUCAUUUUGCUGGACAUUGUAUAGACAGCAUGCUGGACGUGAUGCCGGACACAAAUCUUGUUGCACGUGGUGUUAAACACUCGGCUAGAUUCAAAGAUGAGCAUUGUAAACAUUCCGUUUCUUUAUCCAAGAGAUGAUGUCAUGUAUGAACAGUUCUGACAUGGAUAUGUAGGCAUUUAAAAUUAGAUUUUUUUAAAAACUUAAUUAAUUAAGUUCAAACUAAUUAGACCACCACCCCUUCACCAAGUGUUGCUUCACUCACGGACGACACAUAAAAAAUGUCUUUCAAAUUGAGGGGAAAUGGUUAAACGGACAGAUGAUUAGAGUUAUCGGCUCCUGAGACGUUUUCAUGUGAUGGAAUAGUAUUAGUAUGGUCCACAAAACUACUUUUAAUGAAGAAGAAAAUUCGUAUAAUGGUUGAUAACUUAUGACAAAAAAUUAAAUUGUAUUAUUAUGCUUACCUCCCUUUUUUUCUUUUUUCUUUAUUAUUUUGUGUGAAGAAUUUUCUAACGAAUCCGAGGACUACGAAUCAUCAAACAAAAUAUUUCUUCAACUGAAAUCAAUCAAUAAUAGUGUUACAGAAUGUUAUUUAUUGAACACUGGUAAUCCAUACAAUAAAAAAAUUUAACAUAGCACUUAACAAAAACGAUCAGCAAUGUAAGAAACCUUCAUCCCAUAACUGACCUGAUCAAUUGCAUCGGCGUGAUAGAUUUAUUGAAAAUAGAUGGUGUACAAUAAAAGAAUAGA